UGGACUGAUCCUAGACUUUCCUGGAACGCAACGGAUUACAGCGACAUGUAUGAUACUCCGAUGUCCGUAAAGGACGUUUGGAUGCCGCCUAUAGUGCUUAGCAACGCAGCAGAUGGAAUAAGCUUGUUGAAUACGCAAGACGGGAUGGACGGCUCGUACCUGUACGCUUAUAAUACGGGAACUAUAGAGUGGUACACAUCGACCAACUUUGUUGCACAGUGUCAAAUCAACGUUGAGUACUACCCGUUUGAUACACAGAACUGUGAAAUAUUUAUAAGUCCGAGGACAAUAUACGCCAACGACCUCAAUCUGUUCUCUAAAUCUCAAACGGUCGAAACUGUUUUAUUCGAAGAAAAUGGAGAGUGGGACUUGGUUUUCACCAGUGUGCAGAAUUACACGUGGUAUAUUAUUGAGAACAGAUGGCAGUGA